AUGAGUGCCGUACAACAGGAUAUGUUCCUACUGGAUUGUCCCACCUACGAGGACUAUUUGGAUACAUUCAUCACACGCAAAGAUGUCCAUUUUCUACGUAACAUACGCUUCUGUCGUAUGCUGGUAGAACUUGGCUAUCGUUCGGCGUCUGAGAUCUACACACCCGAGCAGUAUGAGAAACGCAAGGCAGCCGUGCAGGAAUCACUAUGGCCAACAAAAAAAUCAGCUAUGCUAUUCAGUGAAAAUCUGACCUCAAACGAUCCGGUUCUACUGGAGUUGGCCCGACGAGAAGAACCGAAUACGCAGAAAAUCAUAUCGACCAUCAUCUUCCUUAAACACCGCUUCAAAUCUGGCUUCGAAGUUUCUGGCUAUAUUGAUUUCGAGCAUAGUCUGAGGCGGGCAAAUUUAAUGGCCGAAGGCUAUACCGAUUGGUUAGGCGUAUUCCAAGAACGCAUUCUACUGCGUCCCAAACCAACCGAUCUUAGUUUCUACGAUUGGCACAAAGGCACUGUACAAUAUAGUAAUUCUGAAAACUAUGUCGUCCUGCAUGAUGCUGAGAAUGGUCUGAUAUUUAUGCAUCGCGGUGAUCAUAAAAAAAUCUGCGUCGAUAUAUCACGCGAAAUGUAUACGAACAAUUGUACGCGCGAAAUGCAUUUCUCGGAAAAAUAUGGCCACGUAAUAUUUUAUGAUCACGAGGUACGCAAGAAGAUUUAG